AUGACUGUUGAAGGUGAUGAUGAUGAUGUUGCAGAGUAUGAUAGCUUAGAUAGCUUCGUAACAAAGAACAACUCUACUCUACCAAGUGAAGUCACUCAACUCAAUCGUUUAAAGGAUGAAGACAUCAACAUCAACAGUAUAUUGGAUAGUAUAAACACAGUCAACAGUAGUAGUACAUUAACUACAACAGCAGCAACAACAACAACAACAACAACUACAUCAAAUACAACUAUAACAUCAUUGGAUGACGAUGAUGACGAUGAUGACCUACCUGCUAUCACUUCAACAAUAACAAAACACUUUAGUACAGAGGAGGAGAUGUUGAUGUUCAACAUUGAGGAUUUGAAGAAGUUCAUCGAUCAGUUGGAACGAUCAAACAUGGAGUUGGCAACAGUCUACGCCAAUGACGACCCCGACCCCGUCUACUACGAGGCCAUCACCGAGAACAUGGGCAUAAUCGACAGAAAGCAACGCGAACUAAAGGUCCUAGAAGACAGGCUAAUAGAGAAGCAAGGUCUCUACAUGUAA